GACUCACUAACUCAGAGCCCAGAUUUUCUCAUCUUUGGAGAGCAGUGAUCACAGCUAUUGUGCAGGUUUUGUUGGCAGAGUGUUCUGGGCCUACCUGGAGUGAAAACGCAAUAUGGCAUCUUCCAUGAGGAGCUUGUUGUCGGAUCACGGCAGAUAUGCUGAAUCUUUUCGGAGGUUUCUCAACAAUUCCACGGAGCACCAGUGCAUGCAGGAAUUUAUGGAUAAGCAGCUGCCGGGCAUAAUAGCAAGGAUUGGAGGUACAAAAUCAGAAAUUAAGAUUCUGAGCCUAGGUGGAGGUGCAGGUGAAAUGGAUCUUCAAAUUCUCUCCAAAGUCAAGGCUCAAUACCCAGGAGCUCAUAUCAUCAACGAAGUUGUUGAGCCCAACGCUGAACAGAUCACCAAAUACAAAGAGCUUGUAGCCAAGACUUCAAAUCUUGAGAACAUAAAGUUUGCUUGGCAUGAGGAGACAUCAAAUGAAUUUCAAAACAGAAUGAUGGAGAAAAAGGAGACUCAAAAGUGGGACUUUAUUCAUAUGAUUCAGAUGCUGUAUUAUGUAAAAGAUAUCCCAGCUACUCUGAAAUUCUUCCAUGGUCUUUUAGCUACCAACGCUAAGAUUCUGAUUAUUCUUACAUCAGGAAACAGCGGCUGGGGCAAGCUGUGGGGCAAGUACGGAUCCCGCCUGCCCCAGAAUGACCUCUGCCUGUAUGUCACAUCCUCUCAUCUCACUCAGAUGCUGGACAGCCUGGGGAUUAAGUAUGAGUGUUAUGAUCUUCUGUCCACCAUGGACAUAACUGACUGUUUUACUGAGGGUAAUGAAAAUGGAAAUUUGCUUUGGGAUUUUUUGACAGAAACCUGCAACUUUACUACAACAGCACCACCGGAUCUCAGAGCAGAAAUUAUGAAAGAUCUACAGAAGCCUGAAUUUAGUGUUAAGAAAGAUGGGAAGGUUCUCUUUAAUAAUAACCUGAGCUUCAUGGUGAUUGAGGCAUAACUAUCACUCAUGAGAAUGUUUUCAAAUUUGACAUUUUGGAUAACUGUCAAUCAUUUAUAUCCAUAUUAAAAUUAUAAUUACAUUUCAUAGAUAAAGCAUUAUCUACUAUAAAAGAAAUCUAGGAAAUUCUAAGACAUUUAUGGACUUCUAAGAAGAAACACUUGGAAUACUUCUAGUCUUUUCUGUCUCUGAGACACUAG